CGAACUCGGUACUGCGUGUAACCGUGUACUCAUGUCUUACUGGCCAAAAUUUAGUGCGUGAAAGGUGAAAAUCUUUUUAUACAAAAAAAUUCUAUCAAUAUUUUUGAAUUACUAAGUUACGUUAAAACAUUUACUUUUGUAAUAUUUUUUAUUGUUUCAAAUAAUUGUUUUUGAAAGAUUCAUGAUUGUUUGCUAUAGCAGGUAUAAUUAAUUAGAACUAUGGAGUCAAAAGAAAAUGUAUGGGAAAGGCUUGGAAAACCAAAGUAUAUACUAGCCCCUAUGGUUGAACAGAGCGAGCUACCUUGGCGAAUGUUAUCACGUAAACAUGGUGUUCAAUUAUGUUUCGCACCAAUGCUACACAGUCAGAAUUUUGUUCAAGAUCGUAAAUAUCGCAAAGAAUUUUUCACCACUUGCCCUGAAGACCGGCCUUUAGUUGUUCAGUUUUGUGGUAAUGAUCCAAAAGUAAUACUCGAAGCUGGAAAAUUAGUUGAAGAUAGUUGUGAUAUAAUAGAUCUAAACUUGGGUUGCCCACAAGCCAUUGCUAAGCGUGGAUUUUAUGGUUCUUUUCUCCAAGAUGAAUGGAAACUUAUAUUUGAGAUUGUUAAAACAUUACGAGACAAUCUUAAAGUACCAGUAUCGUGUAAAAUACGUAUUUUUGAAGAUUUGACAAAAACUAUUUCAUAUGCUAAAAUGUUAGAAGAAGCUGGUUGUCAAAUGUUAUCAGUUCAUGGUCGGACUAGAGAACAAAAAGGAAGAUUGACAGGAAUAGCUGAUUGGAAUCAAAUAAGGGCUGUAAAGGAAAAUGUAACAAUUCCUGUCUUAGCUAAUGGAAAUAUUCUUAUAUAUCAAGAUAUUGAAAGGUGUUUAAAGGAAACGUUGUGUGAAGGAGUUAUGUCUGCUGAAGGACAUCUUCACAAUCCAUACAUUUUUGAUAAUCAGUCACCUCCUGUUUGGGAACCAGCACUUGAGUACUUAGAUCUUAGUGAACAAUAUCCUUGUCCACUUUCAAAUACAAGAGGUCACUUAUUUAAAAUCUGCUACCAUAUAUUCAGUCUCCCUGAAAACGAAUCAAUUAGAGAUAUAUUAGCAAAAGGUCAAAAUCGUAAUGAUUUUAGAAACGCUAUUAUGCAAUUAAAAGUAAAAUAUUUACCAUAUCACAUGGGCCAAUUACCGUGGAACAACAAUCAAAAUGAUUAUAACUUGACUUUACCGCCUUGGUUGUGCCAACCGAUGAUUCGUGUACUAUCAAAGAGUAAUUUAGUUGAGCUUGAAAUGAAUGAAGAAGUAAACAAAUCAAAAACCGACGAAAAAGAGAAUUUAAAAAGAAGUAUUGAUGACGAAGACUUAAAUGACCCAUUGAAAUUGUCAAAAAAAAAAUUAAAACAAUUGAGUAAAUUAAAAAACAAAGAAAUUAGGUGUCAGAGAAUACUUGAAGAAUUAUGUUCUGAAUGUCGAAAUCCAAAGGGCUUAAAAUGUGAGUAUAAACUUUGUAAAAAAUGUUGUCGAAGCAAAUGCUAUUUGGAAAUUGCUGAUUGUCUUGGUCAUCGAAUAUUAAUUAAAACAAAAAGAAACUCAUCACGUCACAAAGAAGAAAAAGAUCUCAACUGUAGGUAA